CUUUUAUUUUUAGGUGAUAAUUCUUUGAAAAGAAAAAUUUUGGUCCUCUUUUCCUAUAAAUAUCUGCCUCGAAAACUACAACUCUCUCAAAACACCUUCGUCCAUAAAAAUCACUUCGAUAAAUUCUUUCAUUUUUGUUUGCAAAGCCAAAGGAAAGGAGUUUCGGUUCCAAAAAUCCUCCAACCCAGAUUAGUUACUCAAACUCACUAAUUUCAAGUUAAAGAAAAAUGGGAGGUGGUAAGGACAAGCAUGAAGGCGAGUCAGGUGACAAAGGGCUGUUCUCUAGUCUCGCUGGCUAUGCUGCUGGACAUUAUCCUCCGCCUGGAUCCUACCCUCCACAAGGAUAUCCUCCUCAUGGAUAUCCUUCACAAGGCUACCCACCGGCUGGAUAUCCUCCUCCAGGGGGAUAUCCUCCACCAGGGGGAUAUCCUCCUCCUGGUGGAUAUCCGCCUGCUGGAUAUCCUCCUCCUGGAGGAUAUCCUCCGGCAGCUUAUCCAACUCAUGGUGGACAUCCACCAGCUGGUUAUCCUGGACAAGGCUCACAUGGACAUGGUGUGGGAGGAUUAAUAGCAGGGGGUGCUGCUGCUGCGGCUGCAUUAUAUGGGGCUCAACAUAUGGCACAUGGAGCUCAUCAUCUUGGGCAUGGGGGUUACUAUGGCCAUGGUCAUGGAAAAUUCAAACAUGGGAAAUUUAAGCAUGGGAAGUUUGGGAAGCAUGGCAUGUUUGGUAAACAUAAGGGAUACAAGAAGUGGAAGUAAAUUCCUGUCUCUGUCCUAUAUGUCUCCUAUCAUACUGCUAUAUCGUUUUAACAGUUACUGACUUGGUCCUUUCUUGACUUCCCCCCAAUAAACGUGGAUUUGUUUCAGUUUAUUUGUGCCUGGCAUGUUAAUACUAUCACAGUUGCUUAUAUAUGUGCUGUUGUUUUUGAAUAUGAAUGAGUUUGUUUCGUUGGAAAGGGAGUUGCAUGUGAUCCCUUUAGCCCUGUGCUAAUAAUACCAGGUCAUUUGUUUGUUCGGUUGGUGAAAGCAACCUUUGCAAGAAGUAUAUACUGGUGGAAAA